CAGAGACCCGUUUGGGUUCAAUUCAACCAACAAUCAAUCGCCAGAUUUACCGGCCGGCGAUUUACUUUUCUCUUCUCAGCGAUAAAGAUGGGGUUGGGAUUCGCCGUCGGUGUUCUCGGAGUUCUGAUCCUCUCACACGCGGCCUACUCCACUAUCCAGUAUAGGACUUUGCUCAAGAUCACGGAUGAUCAAUUCACCGGACCCCCAAUCAACGUAGUUGUGGAGUUGAUUGCAGGAAUGGUUUUUUGCAUGUGGGCAGCUUUAACUGUGCCCGGAAAAUUCCUGUCGAUUCUCCCCCAUUCAGAUGAGAACAGGGUGGUGAGCUUACCUGCAAAUCUAGAUUUCAUGAUCUUUAAUCAUCGUGGAAAAGCAUUUCCUUUGGAAACAGAUCUGAAGCUUAAAUAAUUGCAGCACCGUUUCAGUUGACUAGUCAGAUGUCGGUUGAAAAGAAAUCGUAACUAGUUGUGCCAUGCCUAUUCAACUUAGUUAGCUACAAGGACAAACUCAGUUGUUUUUACUUCCUUGCACUAUUCGUGUUUACUGGCCUGUGAUAUUCGUUCGUGUAUAACUACUUUUCGUUAAUUGACAAUUAGAGUGCAUACAGUCUCCCUUAUAAAAGAAAAACUGUACACGAAAGAGGAAAUACUAUGCGUUUUGUUUUUUUACGAGCAAUUUAUUAAGUUGA